AUGCAGUCAACAAUGGGAGUACGAGUCACUCCUCGCCAAACACCAUCCGAUGAUAUCAUCUUUUCUGGUAGUGGACCUGGCUGCAAUAGUGAUGAUGAAGAUGAAUGUACAUCAGCUGGUUCUGGAAUGGUCGAUGAUAUCAUCACUCCCACUGUAAUAAUCAUCACCACACCUCGACCUGCUGUAACUGAAUCUAAGAAUAGUGUACCACCCCUUGCUCCUCCAGAGGGUGGCCCUCAUAUUAAGCACACUGAGAGAAUUAAAACACAGAUAGGUGUGACUCCAACCAGUACAAACUUUAAUCAUGAUCUAACGCCUGAAGCAGAUACCAUUCCUGGAACAACCUAUGAUCAUUCUGAUGAUUUAAAUAUAGGUCUAAUUGUUGGCAUUGCUGCUGGUGUCCUUGUGGCUUUAAUUGUUCUUAUCAUAGCACUGUACAAAUUCCGAAGUAGAGAUGAAGGCUCAUAUAAAAUAGAUGAGAGCCAAAACUUUGCAUAUUUGGACUCCAAACAACAGCAAAGCAAUGGAGCUUUAUUACCUCACAACAACACAGCGGGUGGUGGUGGAAAAAGUGUGUCUAAUUAUGGUCUCUCUCUCUCUCUCUCUCUCUCUCUCUCUCUCUCUCUCUCACUCUCAUUCACUCCCUCACUCAUAUAUAUAUAUUUUAGCUUGACCAAGAGCACUGUCAGAAGCAGACAAGAAAAGCUAUCAUCUUAG